AUGGCCAUGCUGUUGGAUGCCUUGGGGGUGCCACGCCAAGGGCUAAUGGCACGCCUCUCAUCACAGCUCGCAUCCUGGAUGCUGCAGGGCAAGCAUGCCAAUCAGAUCAUAACGCAAGGCAGCCUUAGUGGGGCCGUCGCUCUGAUCCCCAUCUAUCCUCCGAAGAAAUCUUGGCUUCCACCUGGUUCAUCGCUUGAACGCAUGCCGGACGCUGCCUCACGCGAUUUGGCCCGGCUUAGCCUGGUCGCGCUGUUGGCAACUUGGCGUGCUGGAGGUGUUGCUGCGCCGGUGACACCUGAGCUCUUGGAUCCUCCAAGGGAUCGUGAGGGGCGGCUGCUCACAGACCCAGAGUGGCGUCGUUGCGAGGUACCAGCUCUGCUUCAACAGUGGCGGCCAGACUUUGUCCUCAGCUUUGGUGCGCUGGACGAGGUUUUUCUGCGGACCGCAUCCAAUCGGAGAACACCCUGGUCGGUCAGGGUUCCACAUGUUCGCCUGAAGCUAGAAGCAGACCGACGCCCUCGAGGGAUACAAUUCCCUGGCCCCGGCUUCAGAAAUGACUCAAGUCUUGACCCAACGGAGGUAGCAAUUUCGUUUUGUGGUGGUGAGGAGAUUACAUUUGCAGAUUUGCUUUCUGCUGUAGCAGACCCAGCUGGCAACAUGCCAUGCAGCAGUGAGGGAGCUGCAGGGAUUGUGAGACUGCUGCGCAUGGCCCGGGAGCGCAGCUCAAGCAGCAUUCGGCCGCGAGAGCGGCCCUGGUGGGAGCUGCAGGGCCAAGAGAAUUUCUUCGGUCCUUGGCCCCCAAAACGUUUGCCAAAGCUGCAAACAAUGUGGGUGGCUGUGGAUGCUGCUGAUCCUAGCAGGCAGGGUCGCACUCUCGACGGUCACGUUUACUUUUGGAACCGGGAAAGCAACGAAACAACCUGGACGAGCCCCUGGGGUGGCCGACGUUCUCAGCAACGUGUAAAGUCCAGGCUCCAAGAGGUCUACGGUAGCAGCUCUGAGGGGCCCAGGAUGAUGCGGACUUCCGGCAGCAGGUUGGGCCGGAGCUCAGCAGGAAACCAGCAAUUUCCGCAUGCACGCGUGGGUUUGGUGCUUGAGUACAUGAACCCGUUUGGUCGAAAGCUGGCAGCACCAGUCCCACAAGCUAGGGAGAGUCGAGAGACAUUGUGA